AUGAUUUGCAACAAAUUCUCAGAUGACAUGAAAGCUUUGCCCAACUCGGUACCAAAGCCACCGAUCACUAUGCGAAUGAUUGUGCCAGCCACACAAUGCGGAUCUCUAAUCGGGAAGGGUGGCAGUAAAAUUAAAGAGAUUCGAGAGGCUACUGGAGCUUCAUUACAAGUGGCAUCGGAAAUGUUACCCUCAUCAACGGAACGAGCGGUCACCUUAUCCGGCACUGCCGACGCGAUUGUGCUCUGUAUGAAAGAGAUUUGCAACAUUCUGCUCGAGGCACCGCCAAAAGGCGCAACCCUGCAGUACAGACCGAAACCGACCUUUAAUCCCUUAUUGAUCGCCUCUUCGGCGGCAGCAGCUGCGGCUCAACAGCAAGCCGUAGCUGCUCUCCUCACACAACCAUUUCACGGGCAACCAAUCCUCACUGCUUCGGCUGGGGCAGCCGAUUUAACAAGAGCCUCUCAAUUUGGUGCUUUUAUGCCAUCAAACGCGUCACUUUCACUCGGCGAUCCAACCGGAGCUGCCACUUCAUAUGCCGGAUAUUUGCCAAUGUAUGGUGGAAUUUUAAUGCACUCUGAUGCAAAUGCGAGCGCUGGCUUGAUGGGCGCGGGAUUGCCGCCACAGUGGAACAGCGAUGAGGCGAAAAAAUUGGAACUUGGUCUUUCGGGUCUUGGCCAAUAUGCGGCUCUUAACACCAGUAUGUUGUUGGGAGCGCAUCUCGUGAAGGGCACCUCACCUCCAUCAAAGCAGCCAACAUCGCAGACCGGCUCAUCGACACGAUUCACCCCGUAU